AUGGAGACAUGCCUGACAUUACAGAUCCUGGCAGCAUCUCUCUUUGUAAAACAUAUAAAAGUAUCCCCUGGUGUGCGGUUAGGACAUGCGGAGGUGCUGCUUACCUCCAACGCCAAAUACCACAUUAAUCGUGUUGGUAUGAAGGUUUACAGCAUUCCUUCAGGCAGUCUUGUGUGUAACCAGGAAAACCUAUUUCUAGGACAGUUACCUAAGCAGUUAGUGAUUGGCUUCGUGGACAACGCUGCAUUUUGUGGUAAUUAUGAAAUAAAUCCUUUCAAUGUUCAGCACUAUAAUGUCAACUUUUGUGCCCUGUAUUGUGACAGUGAACAAAUUCCUGCUAAACCCCUUCAGCCUGAUUAUGAACAUAACCUUUUUCCCUAUAUACCUGCUUUGGCCUUGGAAGAAAAUAAAGAGCUCUGGAUAAAGUCUGAUAUAGUAGAAAGGGAAGGUAUUGUUACUGUGGCACUUAAGGUAGUCAUUACAAAGCCAGCUCUGAGGCCUCUCAUCAAACCUUAUAUUGUUAAAAAGAUGACCAAAAAGUUCAUCCAUUAUCAAUCUGACUGCUAUGUCAAAAGCAGGUGUAACUGGCACAAGCUAAAACAUAUUGACAGAAGAUUUCACAGAAGAUUUAAGGGCCAGAUCUCGAUGCCCAACAUUGGCUAUGGGAGCAAUAAGAAAAGAAAACACAUGCUACCCUCAGGAUUUUGGAAAUUUCUUGAUCAUAAUGUCAACGAGCUAGAUGUGCUAAUGAUGAGCAACAAGUCAUUUUGCUCAGAAAUUGCUCUUAAUGUUUCAUCCAAGAAUCGGAAAAUAACUGUGAAGAGACCAGCUCAGCUUGCUAUCAAAGUUACCAAUCCAAAUGUCAGAAUGUGCAGCAAAAUAAAAUGA